AGACUUGCAAUUCACCCACGAUCCGCGGUGAAGCGUUCUCGCGCGGCCUAGAUUGGCAGUUCGAGCGUGGUCUCACCAUAAUGCCGCCCAAGCGCAAGAAUAAAGCGACAAAGGCGCCGGCAACCACGCCUCCGAAGGCGUCGCCCGCCGCAAUACGGGCUAGCUCCAUCGUUAAGCGAAGGAAUAGUCUUCAAGGAGCGAAGACGUCGCGCCUUGCUCCCUCUGAACCGCUCCACAUGACAACUCGCCGUGCUGCAAAGACGGCCUCAAAUCACAACAGUCCGGCGGCGCCAUCACUUUCAGACUCAAGCAGUCGCCGCAGCUCACUGAAUGACUUCGCGCAAUACGAGGAUGCCCGUUCCGAGAUCGAGGAUGAGCGACCGGCGAAGCGCGCCCGACUUUCGACCGACACUGGUUCGCGCCGUGCAUCUACAGAUUCUCUGGCCGAUCACAUCGCUGUAAAUGGCGCCCAAACCCCGGAUUCGCAACCAAAGCCGGCGUCGCGUACCUCAUCUGACGACUCCAAGUCGUCCAGCAAAAAGAGGCGAGCGUCAGAUGAAUCGAUACAGUCCAGCAAAGCAGUUAGCGCACGCACCAAUGGUGUUCUCACCCGUACCCAGGGCGACAUUUCCGAGCAGCAGCCGCGCAGGAAGAAGCGCAAGACAACACAAGCCGCAGAAGAGGCUGCUGACCAGCCACCCGAGUUGACAGAUGGCUCCACUACGCCUAACUCGCCUGAGCGGAUCGCUGCAGUCGAAGGCAGUCAGAACCUCCAUCAUGUUCUGCCGACCAAUGGCGAUGCGCCUGCUAAAACUGGAAGGCGAUUGCCUGGUCGUCGCCGCGCACCCCAUCCGGACAUCAACGUCGAGACCGAUCUGCGCCGACAGCUUAAUUUGAAGAUGAGCUAUCGCAGCCUUGCCAAGGUCCAGAAGAGUCUUUUAGAAGAAUUGUCCAACCGAACGACCAACAGUCUCGAGAACGACCCUGAUUACUACAAGAAAUGCCCGGAGUAUGAACCGCUCAUGGCAGCUCUCGACGAGCACAAAGAGCGCCGCCUUUCCCAAGUCAAAGCCCAGCGGAGUGAGAAGCUGGAGCAGCUAGAGCGCGUCCGUGUCGCUACAGAGCAUAUCGAGCGGCAGAAGUACCUUCAACGCUUCAGAGAUCUUCAGGACGAUUUGCUUCUACAAUGUUUUUAUCGUCUGAAGCAAAUCGAACGAGAGGCGAAGGGUGAGGACGGAGCUGCUACCGAAGAUGAAGAGAAUAUCAUUCCGGCCACGCGCAUAGACUUCCCCGCUCACGGUCAGGAUGAUCGCCUCGUCUCAAAGUUCGCUUCUCGCAGUCGCGCCUAUGUGGAGACGGAGCGCUUAGUCGAUGAAGAGAUUGUGCGGAAGCAAUUCGACGAACAGCGAAAGGCCUUUGUUGCUCAAAACGAAGAGGCCGACGACUCUAUCGAGGACAUUCCUGGCGGUUUCGCAAACUUCGUGGGGCCGGAUCGCGCCGAGGCAAUUGCCCACCGCAAUAUCAUGAACCUUGCCGACGCCGCCACCAAGGCUGAAAUCGUGACUGCCAUUCCGAAUGAGCAGGCAGACGCCUUAUUCGUGCUCGCCUCCUUAUCAGCGGAGAGGCCCCGAGGAGAGCCCCUUGAAGAGAAGAACUAUCCGCCACCACAGGCCAUGCCGCUUGCUCAAGUUUCUUCGCCAGUUCCGCAGGAUGGACUAGAUAGACAGACAUCACCCGCCCCACCUUUCUCGAUCGCGUCGACUACGAUGUCAUUAGAGACAGCACAGAACACUCCAGUCAAAGCUCCACAAGGGCAAACUGUCUCCAUACAGAUCACACCCCGCCCAGAUGCGAAUGGUCUGCAACCGGCGAAUGAGGUGGAGGCGCCAAAGAGCGAAACGCCCGCGAGAGUAUCGACCCAUCGUAUCAUGGAUCUGCUUAACGACUCGGAUGUUCCUGUUCCCAGGUCGCGGGAGUCUCACCCACCAGCUCACGAACAGCCGCCAGGUACCACGCCCUCUCGCCGAGAAAAUACCAGUCACGCCCAGACUCCCUCUCGCGGUGGGCUCCCUGGACUGGAUGCUAUUAUUAGUCGGCAAGAACCCGCUGCAGACCAAAGCGGUUCUAGUGCUAAAGAAGGCUCCCUUCCUCCACUUAGUGGGGUCCCGCCUUCUUCGCCUUCAGCCAACAGAUUCUGGCUUGGGAGGGCUCCAAGUGCGCAAAGCCACCAAUAUGAGGAGUCUUUGCGAAGGAGAGACCCAUUUAAGAGAAUUCGCGAGAUGCUAGAUAAUAAAGCACGAGCCAUGGGCAAACCACUUCCCAGCGAGCGACCGGACAACCCCGAGAAUAUCCAUAAGGCCGCUACCGAGCGAGAGAAUUCCCUAGACAAGAUGCGCGAAAUGGUGGACAACAGGGCAGAGCGACCCGAUAAUCCCGCCAAUAUUCGUAACGCUGCCGCCCCUGUUGCCAACGAGCGACAGCAAGGUCAGAUGGGAGCACCGCUUCUUUCUCGGCCAUUCAGUCCUUCAGGCACACGCGAGAAACAAGAGAGCGCUGGAAAAGACGCCCAGAAUCCCUCUACCGGAGGCUACGUCGCUUCACCUUCGAUGGCGCCGAUCUCGUAUCACCAGUCACCUAGCAUGGUACCAGCCUAUGCCCAUCCUCCGCGCCAUGGCUCGCAAGACCAAGGAGCUCCAUAUUGGGAGCGCGAUAGGCGCUUAAGCGGAUCACAAGUAUCGCAGCCUCCAGCCCCUUCGCACUAUGCGGGCAGUCCACAGCCUUACCAGACCGAUCCAACCAAGCCGGCCCCGACGCCGCCUACGCAUCAGAGCCCAUAUCCCCCACCCAGCGGUCCGCAGCUACCUCCAUUCAGUCAGUCUUUGCCACCGAAGCCGCCCGGUCCGCCGCCUAGCGGUCCCAUUAACUUUCGCUUCGCUCACUACGAUCCUGCGCCUCCACCAAGAUCCGCGUACCCUCCAGCAAGCUACCCACCAGCCUCCCACCCAUCUCCUCAUGGCGGCCCUCCCCCGCCACCGCAUUACGGACAGGCAUACAGCGGACCCCCUUCCUACCAAGGGGGCUACGUGCCGCCUCCAGGUAGCUUUCAAGCGCCGCCACCGCCGCCACCAAAUAUGCAGUAUCCGCCUCUAAAAAUCCAUCAGUAUGGUGGCCAGCCCAUUUUGCCAGCAAACAUGGCACCUCUGCCCCAUUCACAGCCGCCUCCAAUGACGUAUAUGGGUCAGGGGCCUCCACCGCCGGCCUACUCUCCGCCUCAGCAGAACCCGAUGCCGCAGCGCAACCAAUCUUAUGAGCAACCUCCGCCGAGCGCUCCGCGAGAUUCUCCCGCUGAACGGUCGUCUGAUUCUCAGUCCCGUCAGCGCCGCCAGUACAGGUCGUACCAUGCUCCAGGUACGCAGUUCCGCUCCUAUCAGGGUCCGGACUCGGGUGGUCGACGUCGGGGUGGUUGAAAUACUUACCCCUGGUUUCUUUCUUCGGAAAGCUUUCCUCUGCGUGUCUUUGUACUCUAGCCUCUUUUCCUCCUUUUCCCUGUUUGCUUUUUUCCCUUUGCUUGCUGUACAUUUCGGAUCACGGACGGCGGACGGGCGAGAUGGUUCAAAAGGAGCAUCAUGGUGCAUGCCGAUUCUCUAGCAUAGGCGUUUUGCAUAGCCGGCUUUCUUCAUAAGUCAUCCUCAGGGCCCUUCGUGGAGUUUUCCGUUCGAUACCAAUGGGGAGGAUGGUUUGCAUUGGUGCAGAUGGGCCGGCGAUCAGUGCUUUUCUCUGUAGUCUAGUCAAUGCGUGAUUUGUAUACUGCGAAC